AACUAAUAAAACGGAUAAGUUUGUCUCAUUAAUUAAAAAAUCACGAAUUAUCCUGAUAUAUAGGUCAGUUGUAUCUUCUUAAAGCAGCUUUUCGCCUUGUAAAGAGAGUCUUUCAAAGGAAACAUAUUUCAGCCAAUCAUGUCGCCGAUCACGGAAUCACGUGAUCUACCUACAUGGCGGGCCUUAACUUCAUUGCCUCGUGCUAACAAUCAGCCGAUUCGUCUGUAGUCGCGCUAAUAAAUUAAAUUCAAGGCUGUUCGAAAGACUUAAGGUACCUAGACGAUACCUUUGGGGCAUAAAUUUAAGAAGCCGUCUACAGACCGAAGCGUCCUUUGCAGAGGUCAGUGAUCAUGUCUUUUGAAGAUGGUGGUGAUCUAGCAUCCUUCGCUGCCAUUGCUGAGUCGGCGAUUGCCAACAAAGAAGAGGAGACUGCUGAAGCUAAGGAGGAGCCACAGGAAAUAAAGGAGGAGGAUGCUGCUAACAAUGUAGGAAGCAAUGCCAGUGAACCAAGUGAACCAGCUGCUGCCGAGGCCACAGACAGUAGCACUGCUGAAUUGACCAGUGAACAGCAGCGCACUUAUGCCAAUCUCCAGCCCAUUUUCCUUGCCAUGGAGAUGGGACAGGAAGCAGUUAACCAGGAGCAGGGUCAAGAAAGUACUACUGUAGAGAUUGGACAGCAGCAGACCACUUACAUUGCUACUACCAGUGAGCAGUUCACUCAGCCUUCCCAAGCUACUAGUAUGCUGCUUACUAGUGCAGCCACCUCAGGGGCAGAGACCCCAGCAUCUUUGGCCUCGAUUCUACAAGAUGUUGUAUCAGGAAUGCAGAGUGGAGCAGGCUCUGUUCCAGCUGCUAUCAUCACAGAUCCAAACUCUGGAACUGGAUCUUUUCUAAUUGUCAAUCAAAAUGGCGUACCCAUAGUCCGACCAGUUCUUGUUUCAAAUCUUCCAGCUGGAGGUGUGGGCCAAGGGAAUGCUGUUAGUGUGUCUGCUGAAACUCUGCAGGUGUUGACAGCAGGUCUUCAUACUGUUGAUGAUGGCUCUGCAGGAAGUGGUCAGGAGACAGUGACCGUUGAUGUUGGUGCUGAAGCUGAAGGUUCAAGUGGAGCUGGUGAAUUAUCAGUGGAAGCUACUGUUGAUAUUGGUGCAGAUACUGUUGCAGUGGUAGCUGGAGCUCAAGCUGUGACACAAGGUGACAAUGGCACUGAACUGGAAGAAGGGGAAGAAACUGUUGGAGUACAAAAGCCCAUUGCUGCUCGGGCCCCAACAGGGAAGCGCAAACUAAGUGAUGGUCCAAGGGUCUGUGAACAGUGUAACAAAAGCUUCAAGUAUCCUUCAGAUCUCAAGAAACAUUUGCAGAUUCAUACAGAUAUAAAGAAGUUUAAGUGUGAGGAUUGUGGAAGAUUUUUCCGUCGACUCCAUCAGCUCAAUGUCCAUCAGAGGAUUCAUUCCGGUGAAAAGCCUUAUGUCUGUCCCAGGUGUGGCAUGGCCUUCCGUCACGACUCCACCGUCACCAUGCACAUAAGAACUCGCCAUGACCACCUGCGCCCGUUUAAGUGCGAAGUGUGUGGCAAUCUGUUCGGACGUUUGUCUCACCUAAAGAAGCAUAUCCGCAAAGUGUGCGGCGACAACAAGAACAAGGAGAAGCCCAUAGCACAGUGCCGCUUCUGUGACGUCACCUUCUCGACCAAGGGAGAUCUGCGCAAGCACUUACUGAACUGCGAAAAGAAAGAAGCCAAAGUGAAAGCCAAAGAAGUCACCCUUCACAUUUGCGAAACUUGCAACAAAGAGUUCGCCAGCCCCUACAACCUACGACGACACCAGUUGACCCACACAGACGAGAAACCAUACCAGUGUGAAGUGUGCAACAGACAAUUCAAAGAAAAGUCCUCGCUCACCAAGCACAUCAAACGGAAACACACUGGAGUGGACCAAGGCAGUCAGACUGACGAGACUGGUGAACAGGAGGACGGCUAUGUCAAUGUUGACGUCAUAGCCGAGUCUGCAGCGGUCAGCGGUGUCACCAUGGAAACUGAAGAAACCGUUGAGGCUGGUAUUGCCGCUGAGACCGUCGAAGGAGCUUCGACUGUUGACGCCAGUUCUUUGAUUCCUGGAGAAGAAGAAGAAGAAGAAGAAGAAGAAGCCCAAGGCGGUGCUCAGCAAGUAACUGAGGUGGUACAGGCCAGCGGCGAGGUAGAAAUGGCCACUGUGGAGCUCCAACUCGCCAACGCCGCUGCAGGCACGGCUCAUUCGCACGACGCCUCAGCCCUACAGGCUGCAGUGGAAGCACUGGUCUCCGCCAGCCAACAUCAAAUAGCUGGAGUGACUCAGGAAACCAUGGAAGAAGACUCCUCCGCGGGAAAGGAGAUCUUCGAGGGAGUCACCUCCCAAGAUGCCGAGGGUGCUGCAGCACUCAUGGCGGUGUACGUGCCGGAAGUGAAACAGGCGGAAGUCAACUUGGAACUAGUGAAUGUGGAUGGCUCCAAGAUGGAGUAUGUGGAGACCACCGAGGAGGGAGAUCAGGAAAUGCCCGCCGAGGUUGGAGAAGAGGAAAGUUGAUUGACUUCAACGCACUUUUUUUAACGACUACAUCUUCAUAUGAUGAGCCUAAGGCGUCGCUUCUUCGAAGCACGUUUGCAGUGUUUGAGUUGUGCUCAGAGCUUGUAAAACCUGUAGAUAAAAGUAUGAACGAGUAUCCUUCUCACCGUUGUUUUGCAGUAAACAUCAUAACUCAGACUUAAGUGUUUGCCUUAGUUAAUCGUGCACGAAAUCAUAUCAUUGAUAGUACAGUGUUUUUGUUUCGUUUUGCUUUGUUUUCAACAGCGUAGUUCGGCUGGUAGUUGUUUAUUUUAUGCAGUGAAACUUGAACUAAACGUGAAUCGAAACGUGACUAACAAGAUCUGAUUGUUAAUUCUCCCCUCUAUCGGCUACGUACAUUCUUGCAAACUAGUCACCAGAAUUUGAUGUUAGAUCAAGAUAACAACUUCUACCGGAUCCCAUUUGAGUAUUCUCAGUAGCUGUUUGCUUGAUAAUGUAUGGAUAUUAUAGGGAGAAGUUACAUUUUAAUCACCUCUGAGAGUUUUAAAGGGUUAAGCAGUGGUUAUACUAUAGAGUCGAGGUUUCAAAUUUCUACCAGUAUUCCAGGCUAAAGUUGUUCCGUACAUAGAGGAACUUUCUCUUCUCGUGAUGGCAAUUUGAUUUAGUCACUCAGAAGUGUUUCAAAAUUAUUUGUCUUUUAUCAGCACGACUAACUUGUACCUUUUUCCCGCAAUAUUAAUACAUUUUUAUGGCGUCGGUGAGGAAGGCUACCAAAUUUAUCAAUUGUGGGACUUUUUGUUAAUGUAACGCCUUAAAUUCUCAGAAUUAACGACAGUAAGAUCUUUGCUGAAGACUGCGAGGAGAAUUAAGCGCUAAGAAUUUGGGGGUGAAAACAUCGAGGCUUUUUGAUUUUGUUAAACAGGACUUGAGUGGGAGCGAUCACUGUUCUAAAGUACAUCUUAAUCUUUGCUUUUCUGGUUACAUUAUUUUAUCAGAAGCUUAAGCGUAUACAAAUCUAAAUGUAAGUAACAAAAUUGUGCUGGUGCUCUGUAACGAUCAGAAAACAACAGUUGGUUUAUAUUACCCAACUGAAAACGAAGAAGUUGAAUUGUAUUUACCUUAAGGGAUUGAAAAUUAAAGACUUGUACUAAAUCU